UAUUUAUAUAUAGAUGAAUCGAUGUGCGUUAUGAUCGUAUGGCGUCUGGCAGUGUCAUUCUCCUUCUUUCUUCCUCCGGCAGCUUUGUAAGAGGCCGAUCUUGUUCGAUAUGUCCUAGCAACGAAAUGACACGGAGGCCGAAGAUGAUGAUAUCGUCGUUACGGUACGGGAAGCAGCUGCAACGACGGCGACAGCUGAGGGCGGAGCUGCCAGAGUCGGUUUGGAAGCCAGGAGAGGAUCAUAGAGAUGAAGAACUAAAAGUGGGGGAGGAGGAGGAGGAGGAGGAGCUGAUGGAGAUGGAAGAGGCGGCGAUCACGGCGGGACGCGACGAUGGAAGGGAGCCGGAUGAUUACGAUCGGAGGGCGCGCAUCUUUCAACAGAGUGCGAGGCUGGUUCAGGCACGCAAAGGUCCGCCGCCACCGCGGGAGCAAUUGUAACAGAGAUGUUUUGGAGUAAUUUAGGGAAUCAUUGGAUGCGUUUCACACUCGUUGCUUGGUGGGCCAUUAAGUUAAGUCCUUGGUUUGUAACGGGCCACGGCCCAAAUCAAUCCCAGUGGUCCGCUCCUUAGGGUUGCCCUUCUUUUUCUCCC